AUGAUCGCGCUCACGUACCUGGCGCUGGACGUGUGCUCGCCCGUGCCGCCGCCACCGCCGCAAUCCUGCGACGUCGCCCCGGGCCCAUCGUCCGCGCUGCACGUGCAGAAACGCGCCGUGAUCAACGUGACCACACGCGAGUACUGCUCGAUCGUGUCCAAGGAUCUGUUCUCGCUGGAGCAGCUGGGCUACGUGGACGCGAACCGCCGCGUGUCCCGGCUGCUGGCGCUGCAGGACGUGAGCGCCGGCGACGUGCACUACGUGCUGGCCAACGACACGCACGUACCGGUGCUGUUCGCGUGCUCGCUCGAGUCCGUUCUGCGUACCGUGGACAACCGGAGUCGCGUCAACGUGUUCGUCGUGUUCGGCAUCGAGUUCGAACGACCCGUGCUCGACAAACAACGCCCGGUGUCGCUGUCGUCCAGCCUGGCCCACCUGCGGGCCGCGUACGGCACGAGCCGGUUGAAUGUGGUGCACGUCGACCUGAAGGAGUGCUUGGACUGUUCGCCGUUCCAGGGCAUGGAUCUGAGCAAGAGCCCCGGGUUCGCCAAGUUCGCGGUGCAGCUGGUGCUGCUCUGGCAAUUCGGCGGCACCAUGCUAGACGGCCGCGUGAUUGCGGUCCGCGGACAGGUGUACCGGGCCACGGGCACGGCGGUGCGGUACGGCGAGCGCACCAUGAGCGCGCCGGUCGCGUGCCACGAGUUCGUGUACGACGCCAUGUCGUGCGCUAAGUGGUACGCGCUGCGGUACAGGACGUUCACGCCGGACACCGUACGCCGGAUCGUCGACAAGACCGUGGCCGGGCGGCGAUGGCACGAGGCCGACGCCAGGCCCGUGGACGACGGGAUCGUGUGCCGCGGCGGCGUCAUCAGCGGCCGCUGCUACUACGUGGAAGCAGACCGCGCCGUUUCCGACCCCGACUCGUACGUGUACGGCUUCUGUCCCGCGGUCGGCGGCACCGCGAUCGACCGCAAGCACCGCGGACUGCGUUCCGCGUAG